CUGUCAGUGGGUCGGUGUCCUUUGGUGCCUUUUAUUCUGCACUGUCAACGUCGCUCGCCGAAGGGACGAACCCGAUUGAAUAGUUAACAGUUUUUCUCCAUUUCGUACAUCAGUUGAAUCAUUCCCUCUUGCCAUGGAUGAGGAAUACGAUGCAAUUGUGCUGGGCACCGGCUUGAAGGAGUGCAUCCUCAGCGGCAUGCUCUCGGUCUCUGGCAAGAAGGUGCUACACAUUGACCGCAACAAAUACUACGGAGCGGACUCGGCUUCCAUCUGCCCACUGGAGGAUCUCUUCACCAAAUUCAACACCCCGGGGCCCGAUGAAUCCUACGGGCGUGGACGCGACUGGAAUGUCGACCUCAUUCCCAAGUUUCUAAUGGCCAAUGGCCAGCUGGUCAAGCUGUUAAUCCACACAGGGGUUACCAGAUAUUUAGAGUUUAAGUCUGUGGAGGGUAGCUAUGUGUACAAAGGAGGAAAAAUCUCCAAGGUUCCUGUUGACCAAAAGGAAGCUCUAGCCUCUGACCUGAUGGGCAUGUUUGAGAAGAGACGCUUCCGGAAUUUCCUAAUAUACGUGCAGGACUUCCAGGAGGCAGAUCCGCGGACAUGGAAGGACUUUGACCCAGCCAAAUCUAACAUGAGGGCACUUUAUGAAAAGUUUGGCCUGGAUCAGAACACUCAGGACUUUACUGGGCAUGCACUUGCCUUGUACAGGGAUGAUGAGUACCUCAAUCAAUCUGCUCUGCAAACUAUCAAUAGAAUUAAGUUGUACUCUGACUCCCUAGCGCGAUACGGCAAGUCGCCGUAUUUAUAUCCAAUGUAUGGUCUUGGUGAAUUGCCCCAAGGCUUUGCUCGUUUGUCUGCCAUCUACGGCGGUACUUACAUGCUGGACAAGCCCAUUGAUGAAAUAGUGCUCGGCGAGGGCGGACGCGUGGUGGGCGUGCGUUCCGGAACCGAAGUAGCCAAGUGCAAGCAAGUCUACUGCGAUCCCAGCUACGUGCCCGACCGCGUUCGCAAGAAGGGCCAAGUGGUGCGCUGCAUCUGCCUUGUGGAUCAUCCGAUUCCGAACACGAAGGAUGCGCUCAGUACGCAGAUCAUCAUUCCGCAAAAGCAGGUCGGACGCAGUUCGGACAUCUACGUCUCGCUCGUCAGCUACACUCACCAAGUAGCCGCUAAGGGUUGGUUUGUUGCGAUGAUAUCUACCACAGUGGAGACCAACAACCCGGAGGCUGAGAUAAAACCAGGCCUCGAUUUGCUCGGCGCGACGCGUCAGAAGUUUGUCAGCGUGUCGGAUUACUACGAGCCGACCGACAACGGCCUCGACUCGCAAAUCUUCAUCUCUGAAUCUUACGAUGCCACGUCGCAUUUUGAGACUACCUGCUUGGAUGUGCUGGAUAUCUUCAAGCGCGGCACCGGCGAGGAGUUUGACUUCUCGAAGAUCAAGCACGAGCUCGGCGAUGAGGAACAAUAAUCGUUCGAAGAAUGACAGACCGAUCCCCUGCAUCUAUAAACAUACAUAUACAUACAUAGCAAACUGAUUUGAACACUCACGAAACGUGCAAUUAAUUGUUUUUACCGAGAAUCGAAUACGUCUAGCACAAAAUUCACAUGGGAGCAUGGAAGCAUGAAAAUCAAGUGCGUUGUUUAAUUUGACCUGCUUAGUAGUAGAAUUAUUAUUAGUGGUAUUAAAUGCUUGCAUGUUAGAUCGAGAUUAAGCCAAAACCGAAAGUUUCAGGAUUCAAUGAGCACGUUUAACAUACUUAUACGAUACCCAUUUAUAUUGUGAUGGUUAGGGAUGAAAAGUACUAUUAUAUAAGUAAUUUUAUUAUAGGUAUUUCCAAUGUAAGCGAAAAGAAAAGAAUCAUGAAAAUAGUACUAUAUGAAAACGCAUACGAAAACAAAACCAAAAAUAUUUGUCUGUACUGUACUCUUGUUAGUGUAAAGGUAUAAAACACACACACAUUCACAUUGAAACAAACGCAUUGAAAACAACCUCAAGUUAGCAGCUUGAUGCAAAGCAUUCCAAAUGUAACAAAACAAACACACGUUUUGCGUUCAUUUUAUAUCGAAACAAAAUCAGAUUUGUGUAAUUGUGAACAGAAAGAACUAAGCCACUGACAACUCCACUGUACUUGUAACUUGGUGUGGUGCAAACAUAAAUCAACGCGAAUAAUUAUUGCUUACACAGAACAUGAAAUAUAAAUUAAGCUUCUUAACGGUAAGCAGGACACGUUUAGGUGUGUAAUAAUUUGUUGUCAAAUAAUACAAUUACGAAAUCAAAUAAAAGCAGCUUCAUAUAUAA